AUAUGGUAGCCCGAGGGCAGCUAAGUUUCUGGGAUACGCGGCUGAAAUAUUUCCUCAGUGUUUAAAAGCUUUAAACACAAGGACCUAAACACGAUAUCCUUACUUUUGACACGAUGCAAGUUGCGGACGAAAACGCAAAAUUCAAGAAAAAUGGGCAUCGAGCAUGGAUUAUUGGAGCAGUUUUGGUUGUCGCAGCUUUCGCCCUAGGAAUUGUAAUUGGACAUUUCGCCAUACAAAAGCUACCCUCGAACGACGACCGCGACCAGCCCUCUUCUCCCAGUCCCACGAAGCUUGCAGAAGCGAAAGGUUCAUUUAAAAGACAAAGCCAGGAGAUGAUGAAUCAUCAUAAAAAUUUCCAAACAAUCCUUAGCGAAGAGCAACUUGAAAGUACUCUCAAGUAAGUAAAUAAAACGCUCAGCUGAGGCCUAAAAAAUGAAAUAAUUUUUCACAUGAAUGUGAUCACAAAAAUAUGUUUUUUGAUGAUUUGGUCUCCGAAGCCAGGGAUGUAUUUCCACCUCCUUUGGAUGCAGAGGUUUGAUAAGUAACCAGGGAAACGUUUUGAAACCGCCCAUAAUAAUUUAAUUUUCUCUUGAAGACUGUGAAGUAUUUCGCUCAGUGCAAACAGAAGUGUCGGUCAUGAUUGCGAGAUUAAAUUACUUCUUCAAUUUUUCCAUAGACUUUUAGCUCUGUUAUCUUUUACAUCUCCUAAAGCAAAACUGUAAAUGACUAAACAUAAAACAUUCUUUUGGUGCUUACUUAAAAUACCUACCGUUCUCAGGAUAGCAGGAUAGCAACCUCAAAUAGUGGCAGAAAAACAAAUAAUAAUGAUAUUAAUAAUAAUAAUAAUAAUAAUAAUAAUAAUAAUAAUAAUAAUAAUGAUGAUAAUGAUGAUGAUGAUGAUAAGUUUGGAAUGUAUAGCAACGGAUUACCCAGUUUAGUGGCUCGUCCCUAUACGACCCUAUAUUGACCAAACAUAUCCCCGAAUUUUGCCCUCGUGCGGACGUCUCUUAUUUCCUUUGUUGCACGCGGAAAAGGGACGACUUUCCUUUUCCGCGUGCAACAAAGGAAAUAGGAUACGUCUGCACGCAGGCAAUCCCGAAUUCACACACUAUUGUGUCCGUAACAGCUGAAGAAAGGUCCACUCUUUCAGGCAAAACAGAUCGGGGACAGACACGUAGGCUGAUCAUCGCAAACAGACACAUACACAAACAAUAGAUGCAUUCCUAACAUUUGGAUGCAGGACUGUAAAUACGCACAGUUUACUAUUUGAGUGGCCACAAUCUUUAUAAAAGAUGACAUGAAAGUAUAGGCUAUCUUUUUUAGCAGGUUUAGCCUCAUAUGGUUGCAAAUCAAGGCGCUAAAGCGGAAUGUCCUUUUGGUACAUAUGAUAUUUUUGCGUCUUCCCCUGGAGCCUUAUUGACUAAAACCAUUGUAGUCAAACAAAGGCUUCUGACCUUUCAGGUCAUUCCAUGCUUAUAUAUAGAAAAAUGUAGAACUGCAAACUGAUCCUUACAGCAAGGAGAUCAAGAAGUAAACAAAAGAAUAAAACAAAAAAUAUAUAUAUUUAAACAAAUUGCCCAGUAUUUCGGUUUGAAGACAAACCAGGUCUGCAACUGGGAGAUUCGGUGCAUCAGUAUAUAUGGAGAUCGCUGGAUCGGUGGAUCGGCGUGGAUCGGUGGAUCAGUAGAUAGGGGAUCAGUACAUCGAAGGAUUGGAGGAUCGGUGGAUCAAAUGGAUCGCUGGGUCGAUGGAUCAGUGGCUCGGUGUAUCAGUAGAUCGCUAGAUCGUUGGAUCGCUGGAUCGAUGGAUCGGUGGAUCGGUGGAUCGGUAGAUCGCUGAAUCGUUAGAUCGCUGGAUCGAUGGAUCGGUGGAUCGGGGGAUCGAUGGAACGCUGGAUCGCUGGAUCGAUCAGUGAAUCGGAGGAUCAGUAGAUCGCUGGAUCGCUGAAUGGGAGGAUCGGGGGAUCGAUGGAACGCUGGAUCGCUGAAUCGAUGGGUGGAUCGGUGGAUCAAUUGAUCUUUAGAUCACUGGAUCGGUGGAUCGGGGGAUCGCUGGAUUACUGGAUCGCUGGACGGAUCGGUGGAUCAGUAGAUCCAUGGAUCAACGGAUCGAUGGAUAGGUGGAUCGGGGAUCGAUGGAACGCUGGAUCGCUGGAUCGAUCGGUGGAUCGGUGGAUCAGUAGAUCGCUGGAUCGUUUAGAUCGCCGGAUCGAUGGAUCGGUGGAUCGAUGGAACGCUGGAUCGCUGGAUCGGUGGAUCAUUAGAUCGCUGGAUCGUUCUAUCGCUGGAUCGCUGGAUCGGUGGAUCGGGGGAUCGAUGGAACGCAGGACCGCUGGAUCAGUAGAUCGCUGGAUCGUUAGAUCGCCGGAUCGAUGGAUCGAUGGAUCGGGGGAUCGAUGGAACGCUGGAUCGCUGGAUCGAUCGGUGGAUCAGCAGAUCGCUGGAUCGUUAGAUCGCCGGAUCGGUCGAUCGGUGGAUUGGUCGAUCGCUGGAUCGGGGGAUCGAUGGAACGCUGGACCGCUGGAUCAGUAGAUCGCUGGAUCGUUAGUUCGCCGGAUCGGUGGAUCGAUGGAUCGGUGGAUCUAUGGAACGCUGGAUCGCUGGAUCGGUGGAUCAGUAGAUCGCUGGAUCGCUGGAUCGCUGGAACGAUCAGUGAAUUGGUAGAUCAGUAGAUCGCUGGAUCGCUGAAUCGGAGGAUCGCGGGAUCGAUGGAACGCUGGAUCGCUGAAUCGAUGGGUGGAUCGGUGGAUCUGUAGAUCGGUGGAUCGUUAGAUCGCUGUAUCGCUGGAUCGAUGGAUCGAUGGAUCAGUGGAUCGCUGGAUCGAUCGGUGUAUCAGUAGAUCGCUGGAUCGUUAGAUCGCUGGAACGAUGGAUCGGUGGAUCGGGGGAUCGAUGGAUUACUGGAUCGCUGGACGGCUCGGUGGAUCAGUAGAUCGCUGGAUCGUUAGAUCGCUGUAUCGGUGGAUCGGGGAAGCGAUGGAUCGCUGGAUCGCUGGAUCGAUGGGUGGAUGGGUGGAUCAGUAGAUCGCUAAAUUGUUAGAUCGCUGGAUCGAUGGAUAGGUGGAUCGGUGGAUCGCUGGAACGCUGGAUCGCUGGAUCGAUCGGUGGAUCGGUGGAUCAGUAGAUCGCUGGAUCGUUGGAUCGAUGGAACGCUGGAUCGCUGGAUCAGUAGAUUGCUGGAUCGUUAGAUCGCUGGAUCGCUCAACCCCGUCUCCAGGGCUUUUCCCUUAAAAAAUGGGUGGGAUUGCUGGAUCGAUAAAUCGCUGGAUCGCUAGAUCAAUGGAUCGCUGCAUCGCUGGAACGCUGGGUCGAUGGAUCAGUGGAUAGGUGGAUCAGUUUAUCGCUGGUUCACUGGAUCGAUGGAUCGGAUGUUCGGUGGAUCGAUGGGUCGCAGGAUCGCAGGAUCGCCGGAUCGAUCGGUGGAUCGGUGGAUCAGUAGAUCGCUGGAUUGCUAGAUUGGUGGAUCAGGAGAUCGAGGGGUUGGUGGAUCGAUGGAUCGUUGGAUCGUUGGAUCCGUAGAUCGCUGGACCGCUAGAUCGCUGGAUCGCUGGAUCGCUGGAACGCUGGAUCGCUGGGUCGAUGGAUCAGUGGAUCGGUGGAUCAGUAUAUCGCUAGAUUGCUAGAUCACUGAAUCGCUGAAUCGCUGGAUCGGUGGAUCGAUGGAUCAGUGGAUCGCUGGAUGGAUCGAUCGGUGGAUCGCUGGAUCAGUAGAUCGAAAGAUGGGUGGAUCGCUGCAUCGUUGGAUCGAUGGAUCGGUGGAUCGGUGGAUCGCUUGAUGGCGGGAUCGAUAGAUCGGUGGAUCGGUGGAUCAGUAGAUUGUUUGAUCGCUGAAUCCCUGGAUCGAUGGAUCGGUGGAUCUGUGGAUCGAUGGAUGUGUUGAUCGAAAGAUGGGUGGGUCGCUGGAUCGGUAAAUCGAACCGGCUUUCUACGCGUAUCGAAUUGAUUGUGAUGAUGAAUCGAAACGACUUAAGUUUGGAUCGAAACGACUUGGAUCAAAACGACCGAACUGCAGAUUUUUGACAGGUUCGUAGGAUAGGUUUGUCUUGAAAUUUUUCGGGUAACAUGUUACAGUGAAUCAAUCUCAAUGAUAGUUUCAGACCUUAUUAUAUACAUUAUGAAUAUUAUGUGAAGAGAUUUUAAAAAAAUUCGUUUGAGUCGUUUCAGAGAUAUAAAUAUAAGCGCUAAAAAUCCAAAUUUUGAAUGAAGUUGCGCCUAUACAGGUGUUGAAAACGGGUUAGUUUUUAAGAACGAAAAUACAAUAAAAUUUCCUAGCAUCAAAAUAUGAUAUUAAGGCGCAUUCUGACGCUACUUUAGAAUGAUUUGAGUCAUUUAUAACGUUUUUAUUAAAUAAUCUAUCACCGCAACGGCUCUUUAAAAUUUAAGGUUUGAAAUAUAUUUUCGUUUUAGUCGCAUUCAAACAUACAGAAUUUUUUACUUCUUACGGAGAUUGUUUGCUAAACGUGAAACUUUAAGUUCCUAGUGUUGGAUUUUCAGUAACUGGUCUAGAUCACACAAAAUUCAGCUUUUAUCAAUUUUAAAGGUUUUUGUUUAUUGUUGUCAUGGUAAACGAUUUUGAAACUUUAAGUUCCUAGUGUUGGAUUUUCAGUAACUGGUCUAGAUCACACAAUAUUCAGCUUUUAUCAAUUUUAAAGGUUUUUGUUUAUUGUUGUCAUAGUAAUAUCGAUUUUAGUUGAAAAAAACAUUUUCACAAAUUUCAAUCCAUUGCCAAUUACUGGUUAAAAUUUUAUAGCGAUCGGACAAUGAAACAACCACUUUUAAGGCGAUUGAAAAAUAUCGGUAUGGCCUCUGAAAAACUGUAUCGAAACGCCUUAAUGUAAUCUAUUGCCAUAUGACAAUUGCUUAUGACGUAAAAAAUAAUGUCCACCAGGUACAAUACAUUUUCAUUCAAACAAUUUUGCUGUCUCGAAUCUUAGAAAGUUGAGGGUCUUGCAAUAAUACUUUAAGAUUAUCAGCUCUUGAAAGUUGAGGCGGUGUCGGUGUCCAACAUCCAAAACAUACCUUGUGAGUUAAUAACCGGAGAGGCAAAAUUGGUUAUCUGUGCCGGUGACUUUUGCCGCGAUGGACGACGACAACGUAGAACUUACUUACAAGAAAAGAAAGAAACAGCGUAGGGUUCGCUGCAUUGCAAUGAUUGUCGCGUUCAUCGUAGUAUUUUUCAUUGGAUUUUUGAUCGGAUAUUUGGCGAUCAAAGCAAAAGGAUCAAACGAGGGCAAAGAAGAGCGUGGGGAACGUCACGAGAAAGCUGAAUUUCAAAAGCGACACGAAGAGAUCAUGAAGCAUCAUAAGGUUUUUCAGUCAGCUCUUAAAGAAGAGACGCUUGAAGACACUCUAAAGUAAGUUUACUAAUAAAGAAUUUGCCGCAGUCAUUGUUAUUACAGGGACCGAAUAAUCAUAUCAAAAUCAGUCUGACUGAUCUUUCCGCAUUCUUUUAAAAUCAGUCGCUAAAAGGAGAUCUGUACUCAAUCGUUUGUUGUGCAUUUUCACCCUAAGUAUGUGUACCUCUUGGAGGCCGCAAGACAAAAACAUUUUAAUGUAUUCAAAUGUAAAUACUAAAGGAAAGCAACCUCAACAACAUUCACGACAUAUUUCCAUUUGAAAAAACUUCGAGAUUUUAUAUGGUGCAUCAAAGUUACAGUCUCAAUACAGUUCUGUUUUUAACCAAGCAACGGAAAUGAUUUAUUGUUCCAAGCUGGUACACAGAGUUAACUCUAGUUUAUGAACAGCUGUGGACUUGUUAAUUUAAUACAUGGAACUGAUAAGCCCUGAUAAAAAAAACAUAUUUUAUUCAUUUGUUUUCAAAUUUAGCUAAAUUUGAAUAUAGCGACCCUGUAAUGUAAACUAUGCGUCUCUUUAAGAGACGCCGUUCUGCUUCGUUACACACUUUCUUUACCUUCAAAACAAGGCGUUGACUUCAGCCCGGUUCACACUAAUUUGGAUAAAUGUUCAGAACAGGGGAGUUUGAAAAGAUAGCAUGCAAAUUCGUUGAGCUAAAAGUCCCAGCGGCUGUUUUUGAAAGCUAUUAAAAACGCCGCAUAAAAUGUUGUCUGUUACCACGGUAGUCUGAGUAAACUGAAAAGCAUCUUGUUUUUUUUUCUCUCUCUCUCUGUCUCCAGUUUUAGCAGGAGCCUAUGAGCAUGGUCGGGCUCCUGGUUUUGGCCACUGAAAAACGGAUAAAAUGUCUUCUGUUUACACUAGGCCGGAUAAAUUUGAAAACCCAACGCUGGAGUUUUCGUCCACAAACGAAAACGCAAAGAUGGCGUUUUCAAGUUGAUCCACUGUUGGCAAUUCAAAUUUAAAAACGCCUCAUAUAAUCUGUGCACAUUAAUACGGAUAAAUCUGAAAAUUAAUCUUUUUCUUUCUGCAGUUUUUUGCCAAAAAUCAAAGCGGAUAAAAUGUUCUCUUUCCACACCACUGUGGCAAAAUCAGAACACGCAAGGCCGUCAGAUAAAUCAUGCAUGAUGAUUGUACCGUUAGCGUUUUCGAAAAGUUUAUCAGUUUUCAAAAUGUUUCUCGUCCACACUGAAACGUAAAGCUAGGGCUUAUUCACUUUGGAGUUCGUUUCCGCAGAUUUCCGUUUCGGUUGACAGUUUUGUCGCAUUAACAUUUCAAAACAUACGUUUUAACACUUGAAGUCACUCCACAUACGCGACUGUUUUAGCGUACCGUUCCAUGCAUCGUUUGCGCAUGCGUUUUGUUCGGACAUCCAUCUACCAGUAAGAUUAUCGAGCUUCUGGAAUCGAAGCAGCUAAAGAAUAGACAACAAAUGAAUGAAGGGGCGAUGGGUGAGUUGCAUUGGGGUGGGGGGAGGGGUUAGGGGAUGGGUGUAAGUCAGACGUUUCGGGUGGAGAGAAGCGACGACCGGAAAAACGUGUGCGUUCGCAGGUUACCGCAACUGCGCAUAGCGCCAAUUACUGCGGUCCCUCAACAGUCCCUCCCCCCAUGAGAGAUAGACCACCACAACGGGGACUACGUUCCCCACUCCUUCCAAACAGUGUGUGGGUUCUUUAACGUCACGCAUAAUUUACAUGUGCAAGGGUUGUGAGACGAGGCUUAGGAUUUACUGUCUUUAUCCGGGAAGACUAGACUUCAGAUGUGUAAGAUUAUACGAAUACGUGCGUAUCUCGCGGCAAGGUUUUGUUAGAGGAUAUCAAGGAAUUAUUGGUUGUGUCUGUUUAUAUGUAAAAUCUUAGAGGAACGUUGUUAAAAGGACAUGAUUAUAUAAUAAAAACAAGAAUAUUAUUUGUAUGAAUAGAACAAGUUAAGCCGGGCAGUGAGUCUUGGCUGAGCCUUUUUCUUUUUGUCUCUCGAUUCUGUCUUAAUUGGAAUUUGAAUUUCAUGCCUUUUACAUUGUAAAACUCCACUUUAGAUCGAUAAUUGUAACUCGGCUCUUAGCCUUCUCUAAGAAGGUCCUUCACAAAAGUAUUGAACCCGAUCGUAUUGUGCCUCUACUCCAAGUCACUAUCUAACCCGGUUUAAAACCCAUAGUAAAUGAUGGAGACUUGUAAGGUAGUUGUAACUUUAAAAUCUGUGGCCCAAGGACCUUAUAAUGGAGGCUCUGCCCGAAACGCUGGAAAGGGGUACCCUUUUCAGGCUUCAAGUAUAUGAAAGGGUAGGGAUUUCACUGAUUAAAGUAUAUGAAAGAGGAGGGAAAUCUGUCAUUUCGCUCUUUAAAAUAUGGCCUCGCACCGAGUAUUGUUAACGAACUAUUUAAGCACAAAAGCACUAGUUAUUCACUACGAAACAGUGAUUUUGAUAUUCCAACUUUUACAGUAACACUAUUAACUAUGGAAAGCAUUCUCUUAGAUAUCAAGGACCUCAUAUAUGGUCGAAACUAGAUAUUAAGUUGAAAGGCUCCUCGAAUAUUGAAUCUUUCAAAAAGAACAUUAGGAAAAAAGACCUAACGUCACUCUUAAACAACAACGAUAGCUGCUGCAACCUUUGCAAUUCUUAGAGACUACCUUUUAUAUAACUAUUGUCUUAUUAUACAAUUUAUACAUGCGACAUAUUUUAAUUAUAUAUACAUUAUUAUUAUUAUUUCUUAUUUGUAAAUAAUUUUUAUUUUUGUGUUCCCAAUUAGUUGAAAACUAAAUACCAUUGACACAUUAAUAAAGCUUUUACUUACUUACUUACUUUAAAAUGCGCAAAAGAGCUAACAGAUGCUUUUUAUCGACUGUGAAAAAUGUUUAGAAGACGUUCUGGUUUUGUGAUUUAUUUAUAUUUAAAAGACAGUGUAUUUAUAUGAUUGGAAAGGGAUGCAAAGUUCUAAACUUUGUAGGUGGAAGGAGGGUAUCAUUUGUCAAUAGAAGGUUUACGAAAGGGAUGCCUUUCCUGUCACAAAUGGUAUAAUCUAAUGGUACAAAUGGUGUAGAUUAACAAGGUCAGGGGCUACCCCUCGGGGUCUGUGGACGAAGUCCUGUGGUGUGUCUACUCAAAUAAAACCUUUUUUGUUUUUUUUAUGGUAAUAUUUUACGAAAUAUAAUUUAGAAAUUUUGUUGGAUUUUGACUAUGUUCACUUUUGAGAUUGAAAUGACAACAAAACAACAAAAUUAACUGCUUGGAAGUUAGGAGAAGGCGAUCGCAGUCGUCUUAAAGAGUCGACCGCAGAUUAUAGGUCGGCUUUACAGAAAUUAAAGAACUUUGGCAAAUGAUGGCUUAAUGAGAGGAUGAUUGUUUAUACAGGUUUGACUAUCUUUCUCCUUUUUUGCAGGUUUUUCUCUGAGAAACCGCACGUCGCAGGCUCACCCCGUCAGAAGGAACUUGCAGACGAGCUAGAAAAGCGUUGGAAGGAUUAUGGCUUUGAUAAAGUGGAGAAACCCGAAUACAAGGCGCUGCUGUCUUUUCCUGACACAGAAAACCCCACAAGGAUAACCAUCAAAUACAAAAACGGAACAAUAAUUCACCAAAUCAAAGGAGAGGAGCAAGUAAUUAAUAUGGCUGUUAACCCCAAGUCCCAAUAGUCCCAAUAGUGACCAACAUCAAUUUUCUCCUAACAAUAUCCAUAGAUUGUCAAGUGCAACAUCUAUGAGAAUUAAUCAAAUGAUCACAAUAAGAAAAAUCUCUGAUCUUUUAUCAAUUUCUCCCAACUAAUUCUGUAAGGAAAUGUAUAGAGAUCAGUUUGGAGAAUUUGUUUGUGCAUAUUGGGGCUUAAGGUCUCGGUAAAGGAAAACGAGGUGCCCACAGAAAAAAAUUCUAGUCGCGCGAGUAUUUUCGCUACAAAGGCAAGUUAUAUAUCAAAUUAAAGCUAAAAGACUAAAUUACCUUAUAAAAGAUUUUAUUUCAUCGAAUUUCAAAGGGUGCUUAAGUUUUUUGCUCUCGAACUCAGAGGUAUCGAGUUUACUGCUGAAGCUCCAGCCCUUUCGCGUUGUUAAAUAUUCGCUUCCUUUUUAUUGCGUCUGAUUGACAGAUAAAAGACCUAAAAAAGGGUGUGAGGAAAUUUGCAUAUGUCUCGUAUUAGCGGAAUUAUUGCAUUUCAAACUAAAAAGUCGAAUCUCGAGCGCGAUUUACGCAAAGAAACUGACAUAAAAUGAGUUACAAAGGGAAAUCGGAAAAUUCCUCACACCCUUUUUGAGUCUAUAUCAUUAUCCAUCAUAUCUGAAAGUUUCAAAGCGAUAGCUUAAAACCUGUCCCGACUGGAGGUCGGAGAAGUUUGAUUUUUGCGUCUAAAAUAGAGUGAGGGAAAAUCAGCUUUAAAGAUUUAGCGCGAGGUCCUCGCUUGGCUGGUUAGCUCAGAAAAGGCUCAUUUUAGAAGGGUUAAAAAGCACUUUCUGAUUUUCUUUUUCUGCCAAAAUAAAAUUUAGGACCCCCUCAUGACAAAAAUCCAAAAAAAACAAAAUCGAGCAAUGUACUAAAAUUUUCAUUUACCGAGACCUUAAAGGGUUAAUAGGCGAUUUCCGAGUUCCCCCGGGCCUCUGUUUCAAAACGAGGGUAGGUGCUCAGCCUUUGGUAUGGAAAUCAUUUUUCAUUUUUAUGCAAAUAAAACUCAUUUUCACAAGAAAGAUUGUGCACCUGGCCUCAUUUUGAAAGUGAGGGUUUUUGGAACUCAGAAGUGGCCUAUUCUGUCGCCCCUCCCCCACCUCAUUUACAUUUACCGAUUUGUGUUGAUCGAUAGUAGAGUCCUCUGUGGGAAAGGGGUACCUAAAAGACCUCGGGGCAAAGUCUCCCCGUAUGAUAAUUUCUUGCGUAGCCCCUUUCCGCCCGAGAGAAGCACGACUGAUGCAAAAUGACCAUUUGCUCAAAAAUGGGAUAAGUCGAGGAAAAGAGAGAAAGAGGGAGAUAACAAGUCCAAUUGGUAUUUUAGCUAUCAUUAACAUGAAAAAGACGCGGUAAAAGAAUCAGAGGAUUGAAAGUGGAACAAAAUUGUGUUAAUACGAAAAGAUAAAAGUCUCGUCGAGAUCAGAGAAAGCAUGAUGUGGGAGAAUUAAGCCUCCACUACCCCUAAUUUUACAGGGUGAGAACAGACGUAGGCCACGCACGUGUGUGUCAGGUCUUUGUUCUAUCUCUUUGGCAGUUAAGAGUGAAAGAAAACUAGAUAAGGUAACGCCGCCUCGUUCUUAGUAGUGCUGCUUGAUAGAAGGAAGAGCCGCAGCGGGAAAUGAUAGCAAAUUAAGAUAGAGUCAAUUCGAGGCGUUUCCAGCUUGCGUAGUUUUACUACGGCGUAGAAAUCGUCUUAAACCGUGCCCAUUUACAGUAAAUGACCUAAAAGACGCCCACUUCCAAAAAAACUCCCCUCUACGCUGUUGAAAUUGUACUAGACGCCUAUCUCUAAUGAACGCCCCCUGUCUAACAAACGCCCCCAAUGAGAAUUAUUCCAAAAUACUAGAAUUGGCAAAAAAAGCAUAAUGAUUCGUUUCAUUCAGUUUCUUGCUUGAUUAACAAGGCUAUGCGUAUUUCAUCUUGUUCAAUGUCACGUUCAAAACAAGGAUAGACUAACGAUGGCAACACAAUAAUUCUGAGCGAAUAUUCUGACAUCGAUGUUGGGAUUUGAAUAAGCGAUAUGGAUCUCUAGAUGGCCUAGACGCCGUAUCAAUGGAGUGGAGAUUGCGCUAUUUUUAAACUCCCUUGAUAUUUUUGCCGAAAGCAUAUUCCUUUUUUGAGCUUGUUACAGUUAUGAGUAUGAACGCCUCCUAUCAAUUAAACGUCUCCGCUUAGACCCGUUUUAUUAAAUAGACACCCCGGGCGUUUAUUAGAUCAUUUACGACCAUUUACGGUAAUCGUUUUCACUUAAUCAAAAAUUAAUGUAAUGUUAGCCUGCGUAGCAAGCGUUUCCGCACGAGUUCGUCGAGAAAGGUGGGAAGAGAGCAAAAAAAAGGAAUGACACCCUUUUUUUUUCGCUUCCGCUCUAACUUUCACGCAAUAACUCGAUUGGAAACGCUUGCUACCCAGGCUAAUGUAAUGUCGAGUUUCUUUUCAACCAUCUGUCAUCAGCAUGUCUUUGUCAUUGUUUGAUUAGGAUGGAGGAGGAAAGGGUAUUAUUCAGCCGUUCCUUGGUUACAGCCCAAGCGGUUUUGCUGAAGGAGAAUUGGUGUACGUGAACUACGGACGAGUGCAGGACUUUGAAUUACUUAAAACCAACCUAAGUGUCAAUGUGACGGGGAAAAUUGCCAUCAUGAGAUACGGGAAAAUAUUUCGUGGAAACAAGGUAAUACGGGAAGUCAACAUAGCUUUGAAACAUUCGUCUCCUUGUUAUAAGUACUGAGCAGAAUUAUUUUGGCCAGAUUUGAACAGGCCGGUGCAACAAAAAUCUCCACUUUUAAGCUACGAAAUAGAGAGUUAAAGUAGCAACGUUUUUGAGCGACGCAAGCCAACCGGAAGUGAGCCUUUUUCUUUUAAUAUGCCUUUACGCUACCAAAUUUUUAUCGCUGUGUCUAGUGUCUAUACUCUAAUAGACUCAGAGAAAGAAACUCCACUACCUGUUGACGUGCGUGACUGAAAAACGUCGCUGCUUUAACUCCUUAAUAGGCUGAUUUAGCAACAGGACGGGAACGUCAGUUGACGACGGGAAAGCGCGCGCAAGGACUGAACACGACUUCCGGUGCCCAAUUUGCCGCUCUACCAUUGGUCAAGCCACUUGCUUGAUUUGCGCGCGUCGUUGUCAACUGACGUUCCCAUUUUGUUGCUAAAUCAGUCUAAUGGGAGUUGUGUGCGACCCGGUGGUUGCAAUUGUUUCAUUUGCAAAGCAAAUACUUGGGAAAGACGGACAUAUUUAAGGGGCUCCGGACCUCUCAGACCGUUCGCCUGGAUUCGCUUCAGAACAAAAGCAGUCAUAAAUCAUAUAAAGCCUGAACCAUGCCCGGUUUGGUCUUCUUCAUGGGUCUUAGUUCUGUCACAUUUCUCAGACUUUUGAGUCUCUUUUUUCUCUUGCAGAUUGCAAACGCUGCAAGGUAUGGCGCUAUAGCAGCCCUUCUCUUCUCAGAUCCUGCAGAUUAUGCCAGGGCUGGCCCGGAUCCUAAAGAUACCUAUCCUAACACUGCAUGGCUUCCUGCAAGCGGUGUUCAACGGGGUUCGUUGUACACAUUCCCUGGAAGUGGAGACCCACAAACACCUGCUAUAGCGGCCCUUCCAGGAAUGUGGCGGCGACCGCAGAAUGAGAGCGAAUUGCCCCCCAUCCCUGCCCACCCCAUGGGGUACGGAGAUGCUAUCCACUUUCUUAGCAGAAUGGGAGGUACGUUAUGUCAAUGGAAACUUUCAAUGGAUGAAUGAAUGAAUGAGUGAAUGAAUGAAUGAAUGAAUGAACGAACGAACGAACGAACGAACGAAUGAAUGAAUGAAAACUUAUUAACGUGUCUUUAGGAAAAUAGCUGACGGGAAAAGUGCCCUCUACUAAUGGAAGACACCUACUAACACUAUCUAAAAUAGAUAAAUGAAAAUAAAUUACCUCAUAAAGAUUUUACAGUUUAUAUAUCUAAAACUUACUACGAAGUGCAUAUUUUACAAUUUUUACAGAGAUCAGUGUCAAGAAUGUUGGACAGGUCGGCCUUGCGAAUGAAGAGUUUAAAUUGCUUAGGGAUGAGAUAUUUGUGCUUCAGAUGAAAGUUUAUUCCAUAGUUUAGGUCCUGUAUAGCGAAGGGAGUGUUUUCCAAAGGUAACAGUCGAAAAUCGGGAGACUGAUGGAAGACGUGUUCCUUUACUGCGCUAGAACAGUCUUAAAAUAAACAGGGUUUAACAGGGUUAGGCUAAAAGAAGAGGAAACCUUCUUUUUUUUCGUAUCAAAUAUUUUAAAGCCUUUUCAAGGAAAAUGAUUUGUUUUGGCCCGAAAUAGGGUUAGGGAUUUGGGACGCAUGCCACUCUCCUCACUCGAAUUUUCCAGGAGUACUCCUGGGGUAGAAACAAGAGAACCCCGGAGAAAAAACCCAAACAUUCGCAUGGUUAUAAGCACGCCGAGUAACUAAUGUAGGCCAAGACACUCAAGCAAUACCGUAAGCAACUAAGGGAGAGGGGAAAUACUGAUCUCGGUACACUAUAAUAAUCAUAUAUGAAGUACCUACCAAAAACCCUUUAAAUUCCACUUGAUGACCAAAAGGCUCGUGGGCUCACACUAAUAGUCUCAUGAUGCACUUUCUGAACAGCAACGAGUUUAGCGGAUGCAGUAAAUAAAGUUGGUGAAAAACUGUUUAUCAUCAAUAAUUAUGAAAGCAAAACUCACGCGCUUCAGUCUUUUUUCCGCCAAGAAACACUUCGCUUGAUUCAGCAGUGAAAAUUACAAUAAAAAGCUUAAAAACGGCCCUUUUAAUGUUAUUUUUGCCUGUUUAUUUUAGGAGCUCAAGCGCCACCCGAAUGGAGAGGCACUCUAGACGUCAAAUACAACCUUGGACCCGGCUUUGACGGUGACAUUACGGUUUCAAUGAACGUUAGUAACUACUAUGAAGUCAAAUCAAUCUACAACGUGAUUGGAACUAUGUAUGGCAGCGUCGAACCUGAUCGGAUCGUUUUGAUUGGUAACCAUAGAGACUCUUGGGUAAACGGAGCUGUUGAUGCUUCUACCGGCACCACAGUGACCACUGAAAUUGCUCGCGGGCUCGGAGAACUGAAGGACGCAGGAUGGAAGCCACGUCGAACAAUUAAGGUAGAAACCAAUCUAGUCUGAUCCUUUUCAUAAGCGGAGGGAGGGGGAGGGGGAGGGGGAGAGAGGGAGGGAGGGAGGGAAUUGGGACCGGGGAAAAUGCCCUUCUUACCUAUACCCCGUCUAUCCGUCUUCCUCUGAAGAUAAUAUGAUGUAAAUGAUUUAAAUCUUACUCUGGCAACCAAUUUUUGACUGGAUAAUUUACCCCAAUUUCGAUUUUUAUUCUAGUAAUGUUGAAUCUAGGAAACCGUCUUGUAAGUCUCUUAGAGGUAUUUUUAGGUUUACAUCAUGGCCCCACUUUUGAUAUUAAUUAUAUUAGUUUUACUAAAUACAGUCAGCUCCCUUUACAGCGGAUAUAAUCUCGUACCCAGAUCUCCCACGGCCAAGGGAAAGGGAGAUCUCCCUUUUCAGUGUAAAACAGAGUGAGAUCUGGGUACGAGAUUACAGCGGACACUGUAGGGACCUCAAGUUAGUGUCCUCAUUAGCAAGAGUCCGUAAUAGCGGGAGAUUAUUUCAGUCAAUCAUCUGUAAUUUUUUUACCGGGGAUUUGGCUGCUGUCCGUAUUAUCGGGGUGUCCAUAUCGCGGGGUGUCCGCAAGGCGAAAGUUGACUGUGACUGCUGACGGUGUUGUAUGGAAUUGUACCAUGGGAUUAUUAUCGCUUCUUUCACUGGCUAUUGCCUGGUCGCGCAGGACGCUGGGUCAAAUUUCGUUCCCAAAACAAACCCAUACUGCAAUUUAUCACUGACUGGACCAGGAUGGGCUCCUGACUGAACCCAGUCUCCCACCUAACCGCAAAUUCCCCAAUGACGUGUUCAAACACACUGUUCUUGUAGAUUUGCAGCUGGGGUGGUGAGGAAUACAGUCUGAUCGGGUCAGUGGAAUGGGUCGAGCAACAUGAAAAGCUUCUCACAGAACGAGCGGUAAUCUACAUGAACGCAGAUACGGCAGUGGCAGGUAACUACAGAAUGGAACUUCAUUCCUCUCCUCUUGUAAAAGACACUUUGAGGGAAUUCAGCAAGACCGUGGAAAGUCCUAACGCGCAUGGCGAUAAGAAAACCAUAUAUGACCUCACGGCUGAAAGAAGACCUGCCUCACCGAAGACAGAUCCCCCUAAGCCGGAAGUGGGAAACUUGGGCUCCGGAAGUGAUUAUGCUUCUUUUUAUCAGUUUAUCGGCGUCCCUGCGGCCGACUUCAUCUACCUUGGCUACAACAACACGCCGGUUUUCUACCCGACAUAUCAUUCGCAACACGAUACGUUCAAAUAUGUCAAGAAAUUCGUUGAUCCCGACUUCAAGUUUCACAAGGCUUCAGCACAGCUUAUUGGUGGCUUACUUUUGCAGUUUGCCGACUCGCCCCUGUUGAAGAUGAGCGUGAUGUUGUACGCAGACGCAUUAAAGAGUUCUCUGACUGCCCUGAAUAAAUCUUACGGUGAUGAUCUGAAGAACCACAAAGUAACAGUGGACCUACUGGAAGGCGCUGUCAAAAAGUUCGAAAGUGCGGCCAAGACUUUCACUGAAGCGAAGUAAGUUUAAGGGACAAUCAUGUUUUUCUCGAAAAAUAUUUAAAAGUAUUACUGAAGUUUCACAAAGUUCAUAAUGGUGCCACGAUUCCAGGAUUCAGGACUACAGCUAAAUUUAAGUCGCCCCUACCUUUCUAUUUGAGUUUAUGACUAGUUUUGGCGUGAUGGGUUUUCUCUGGGUUGGAUACGGUGAUUGGACUCUUAAUGCCGUGGAAGCUAGGGUCUCUAGACCAGCGGAUACGAUGAAACAACCAAACCUAAGGGCGAACCGUAAACACAGGUACUUUCCAACAGGAGUCCGUCGUUUGACCCUUUAAACCCUGAGAGUGAUCAGAAUCAAAUUUCUCCUUGUAAUAUCAAUGCUUUGUAAAACAGAGUGGUCAUGAGAAUUAGGGACAUGAUCACGCAAGAUGUAUUUUCUUGAUAUUUUAUCAACUUCUCCCCACUACUUCUAUGGUAAAUGAGUAGGGGCGACAAAUGAGAAUUUUAAUUUUGAUCUUAGGGUGUACUAAUUUUUGUUCCGUAUUAUUCAAUUCGUUAGAGAUAAACUGGAGAAGAAACUGAAAGAUUUUGACGAACCAAGCUUUGCGGAACUGCGCAGACUCAACGAUCGGAUGAUCAAAGUAGAGCGAGCCUUCAUUUAUUCCUAUGGUCUGCCGGAAAGACGCCUAAUCCGUCACGUAAUCUUCGCUCCCAGCAAGUAUAACCUGUAUGGAUCUUCCAGUUUCCCCGGCGUGAGUGACGUACUGUUUACACUGAAGGAGACUGGGAACAAUCAGGAAGUUGAUAAGCAACUGUCCAUCGCUACACAGUCUGUUCUCGCGGCAGUCGAUAUUAUCUCUGGCCCUUAUUAAGACAGUAUGCCCAUAUUUGGACAUUCGACUCCGUAAGAACGUGUAAUAUCACCAUUUUUGGACAUCAGACUUGUGAAACAUGCGAUAUUUCCAUAACUGGACAUUUGAUAUUGUGUACGAAGGUCUGUUUGUUUUCGCAGCGUGUUCCCCCGACUUUGAUAUGGGUGUUUUAAUUGUAGUGUUCUAAAAACAAGGCGAUUUUACACACGACGAUUUGGGCCGACGAUUUUUUAUUGCAACUCAGAGACGUUGUUUCGAGUUGUUACAACAUUGUUCCAACCUUGCUGCCCUACAAACCGCCGGUUGCAAAUUGUCCUGUAUAACAUGCUCUAGGAACGUAUAUAAUGUCCAGAAUUAGACAUCUGAACUGUAAGAACGCGUAGUUUUUGGAAGCUUGUAUUUUAGUAAGGUGUUUCAUUGUAGUGUAAUAGUCAUAAAUUGCCUUUGUGCGAUAUUUAAUCAAGGGUCUGGUUACUUAUUCCACGUCUGGGUACAACCAUCCCUCCAAUAAGGUUUAACAGACAUGGAGUCCGUUUCCAAAGAAUACAAUUUCUAAUAAUUAAAAAUAGAAACCAUUUACCCAUAAUCCUUUUAGAGGCUACCUUCCGUUAUUACCUAUCCGCCUUAGCUCUAUUACGUACAACCUUAAUUUUGAAACAGGAAAAUGAGAAAUGGAGAGAAAGGAUACGAUCAGGGUUGGAGCUAGAUCCACUGACAAGGCUUGCCAAUAAUUUAAAAGGACGAAAAAAAAAAAUUAAUCGCAUGUGCCCAAAAACAGUCGUGACUUCAGUAACUGGCAUAAGACAACUUUGCGCUGCUUUCUCAGCCAAUCAGAAAAGGGCAACCGCAUCCAUCUAGGCAGCUCGCACUAGUUUUCCCGCGCUUACUACAUCAAUUUUUGAUUGGUUGAAUGGAUUGAUCGUCCGAAUUCAUUCCCAGGACCUUCUCAAGACUGACCAAAUGUUUGAAAUUUAGGUAGCAACUUUGAAUUUUUGGCAAUUUUUUAGCAACUUUUUGGUAUUACAGUAAGCACUUAUCCAGCAUUUUACCAGCAUAAUCGGGACAGGCUUAAUGACCGGGAAGACUGGGAAACCAAGACGACAGAAACGACCGGGAUGACUGUGACGAUUGAGAUAACUUUGAGUCCCGAAGCAUCUCCGCCGCUAUCAACCGUCGCACGUGAGAAGAAACGACUCGUACCCCGGUUAUAGAAGAGACGCGAAGCUUGAGGAAAGAGAGAUCAGGUGUCAAUUUCAAAUGCACCCGCGUGGGCAGCGCGCUUGAAAUUAUGGGUCGAGCGCGUGACCCUUUGUUUCUUGAGCCCAUAUCACUUUUAAGAUAAUUUAUAGGAAAAAUAAGGACCCAAGCGUUGUCUGAAAACUGAGAAACUAAAUUUCAGUCACAGUGUAGAAAAUUUAGUGACUUUCCGUGACAAUUCAGUGACGGAUCCAGCGGAGGGACCUGGAAGCCCCCCCCCCCCUUAUUUUUAGACCAAACUGACUCACGAAGGGCUGAAAAAAUUUUUUUUUGGUGACCGUCCCCACCCCCCUUACCUAAAGGUCUGGAAGACCAUGCCCCCCCUUUAUCUCAAGGUUUGGAUCAGGCAUUGCAAUGGUAAAAUAAACCUUAACGUUCAAGAUCGUAAGCGGCG